AUGAUGAACAAGACACAUGAUGGUACUACCAGUACUACCAGUACUGGUAGCAGUUGUCAACAACAACAACGAGCCCGCAACUCCCUUCAUAAACUGGGAAAUAUAUUUGAGAAGGAAGAGGAACAAAGGAAGAUUGGAAGGCAGCAUCCAAUCCCAUUUCCAGAGAGCCCUGCUCUCGAUGGUUCCACACCCUUCAACGCUUAUAUCAGUGGCAUCGAGUCAAUACCAACAUCGACUCCACCAGACUUGCGUCAAGCACAAAGGGUCAGAGAGAACAGACCUGGAGCCUAUCCCGUUGCUGGGAUUGGACAUUCGCCUGGAUUACCUCCUGACAUGGAAGAGCUGGGACUGGAAUUGGUGCCUCAAGGGGACAGAGACCACAAUUGUCGUCUUUCUUUUGCGGAUAUUAGCAACUUUUUUGCCUUCACAUCAUCAACGAGCAAUGAUGAUGACGAUGGCCUUAUUCAUGCGGACCGAGUUAAUGAUCUUGUUAUUGCUGAUAUUAGCAAUCUGUUGGCCUUCAAUUUCACUAGACAUAACAUGGAAGAAUCAACGAGGAACGAGGGUGGUCUUAUUCAUGCUGAGCCAGUUGAUGACUCGGAAAAUGGGGAAAUUCCAACCGCAGAGCCAAUGGCAACAAGGGCAAAGAAACUAUGGAAGAAGAAGCUAUGUCUCGACCUAUCCCUGGAAGCAAUUCUUGCCAUUGCCAUUGUCUCUAUCAUUCUUGUGGCAUUUCUGCUGGCUCCAAAAUCACGUAAUCAAACACAGUCCGCAAAGCAGCAAAAUGGAGUGAUUCCAAUACAAGAACAUCCAGGGACAAUGGCUUCAAUCACACAGGCACCAAUAUCGCUAUGGGAAAGACUCAAUCUACCCGAAUACACCCUCAGGGCAAUGGAGAAUCCGAGGUCACCACAGACCAAGGCAUACCAAUGGCUAAGCAACAAUCUCAACAACUCCAACAAUACAAUACAUCUCCCGGCAUGGCGCUUAAAGCAGAGGUUUGCACUGUCCACAUUUUAUUAUGCAACACGGGGAGACUAUUGGGUGAAAAAUCAAGGCUGGCUCAAUUGGGACUCCAAUGAGUGCACCUGGGCACAAUUUCAUGAUGAAUUGUACCCAAAUGAAGCAGCUAAUUGUGACGACAACGGGCAACUCCUAUCAUUGCAAUUUGGUGAGGCCAACAACUUGGACGGAACAAUACCACCAGAAAUAUCUCUGCUUGCCGAAAGCUUGGAAACACUUGUAUUUACUGGUAACUUUCAACUGAAAGGAAAUAUACCGACUGAGGUUGGGCUCAUGACAAGGCUGACAGGCUUGUGGAUGAGCACAACGCACUUGUCUGGCACACUACCAACGGAACUAGGUCAGCUACAAAGCUUGGAGAACCUAUUGAUCUCAGGUAGCGAACUUGUUGGGACUCUAGCCACUGAGCUUGGGAACCUAAGCAACCUGACAACUCUGGGAUUUGCUAGAGUGAACUUUUCUGGAUCCAUCCCCACUGAGAUUCUUGGAUUGUCAAACCUGAAGGUUUUAGGUUUCGGAGAAUGCCCUCUAUUGGAUUUAACUUCUUUGCUAACUGGUGUAGUUGGAAACCUGCACAAUUUGGAGAUGCUAAGUCUAGGCAAAGGGAAAGCUGGGCGGUGCACAUCAAUUCCAUCUGAAAUUGGGAAGCUGACCAACCUGGCAACCCUGAUUUUGAACGACUUCCAACUUAAUGGCACAAUUCCAAGUGAGAUGGGAUUGUUGACAAAGCUAAAAGACUUGUACUUGGAAAGCAACUCCAUCACUGGCACCUUACCAGAAGGGUUAUCAAAGAUGUCACAGCUGAAAGCGUUGUUCAUUAGUGCCAACCAAUUAGAAGGCAGACCGCUGGAACAAGAUGUGCUUCCCCAACUGACCCAGCUACAGUGGUUGCAUAUCAAUGACAAUCUUUUCUCAGGCUCUAUUGCAACAGAAAUUGGUUUGAUGAGUCUUGAGGUGCUCGAACUGCAAAAUACCAACCUAUCUGGGACCUUUCCCACAGAAAUACUUUUGUUGGACAACUUGACCAGGUUGGUCUUGAUGAACACAUCCUUGACUGGCAGUAUCCCUGAUGAAUUAUGUGGCAUCCUACUCGCGCCACAUGAAAUGAAACAUUUUGGCGGGAAUGCAUAUACCGUUCCAACGACCAACCUUUCAGUCUGCUAUGGAACUAGUCUAUGCGGCUGUACUUGUGAGGCUUGCCCAAAAGCAUGA